AUGUCAUUAAUCCGUCUUACUUCAUGUCCAGCUUUUACUUUUAACCGUGUGUUUUCGCUCAUAUGUCGAAGUCCCAAAAACUACACUUUGUGUUCGCACAAAGUUUUGUAUAAUAGAGUUUUGGUUGCCAGAUAUCUUUCUCAAAAAGCCGAGGCUAUUGGUUCUGAAGGCACAAUAAAAGCUCAUGUAGAUGAGUCUCGUCCAAAAUUUGUCAUCACCUACGACGAGUUAAGCUCGCAAAUUUCCAAAGAAACUGUCCAACUGUUUGAUGUAAGAAGUAUCGAUGAUGUGAAGUCCACCGGCAGUAUUCCGGGUUCCGUUAAUAUACCUCUUGCCGAUUUGAAGAAAUCACUCAUCCUCAGUGACAGCGAAUUUUUUCAGAAAUACGGUGUAUCUAAGCCGAAAACGAGCGACAGCAACGUUAUAUUUUAUGGAUUGUCGGAUGUGUCAUCAUCAAGUGCCUGUGAAAUAGCUCACAGUCUGGGGUAUAAAAGGGCAAAAUAUUAUUUGAAAGGAUGGACGGAGUGGUCUACAAUGCGUAAAAAGUAA